CCACAUGUGACAUUACACAGAGGUUCCAAACGGAAGUGUGUUGUACCGAAAAUGUGGCGCGAGACGUAGCCAAUGUUGUGUGUACAUACACGGUUUUUUAAAGUAAAAACUUAAUCUAAAACAGUUCCAUCCACUGCAUUUAUUAUACAAUUUGGGAACUACGUUGUUGUAUGAGACGGGCGGCAUAGGAACCGGCGUUCAUCAAGGCAAAUAUGCCCCGUAGACGACAGAGUGUGCAUUUGGGGAGCGGCUCUGAUGGGACUGAAGAUUCAGACUCUUCUGCAGAGAGAGAACAGACAAACAGCUCAGAGAGUGAUGGAAACAUACCCAAGAGAACACGCCUCACAAGAGCAUCUCUACGCCUCAGCCAAAGCUCACAAGACACACCAGAUGUGAAGCGAGUCGGCGACCAUGACGAGUCUCCGCCGUUGACGCCCACAGGCAACGCCCCAUCAUCUGAGUCUGAGCUGGACAUCUCCAGCCCCAACGCCUCCCACGACGAGAGUGUGGCCAAAGACCCCGCCCUCAGAGACUCAGACAAGGACCUCUCCCACCGGCCCAAGCGCCGCCGCUGCCAUGAGACCUACAAUUUUAACAUGAAGUGUCCCACACCGGGAUGCAACUCACUGGGACAUCUAACAGGAAAACAUGAACGCCAUUUUGCGGUUUCAGGAUGUCCUCUUUACCAUAACCUAUCUGCUGAUGAAUGCAAGGUGAAAGCAACCACUCGCGAGAAACACGAAGAAGAAUCAAAGGUGCAGGAGGAAAGCAACAGACACGCUACACGACAUCAGAUGCCCACAUCAAAACAGACGAGAUACAAAGAGCAGGUGACGGAGAUGAGAAAGGGGAGGAAUUCUGGGCUUCCCAAGGAGCAGAAGGAGAAGUACAUGGAGCAUCGACAGAGCCACGGCAACACCAGAGAACCUCUUCUGGAGAACAUCACUAGUGAAUAUGACCUGGAGCUUUUCAGAAAAGCCCAGGCACGCGCAUCUGAAGAUCUGAAAACGCCACAGGAGAAGCUGCGGAUCCAGGGACAGAUCACGGAGGGCAGCAACAUGAUCAAGACCAUCCUGUUCGGCCGCUACGAGCUGGACACGUGGUACCACUCGCCCUACCCCGAGGAGUACGCCCGCCUGGGACGUCUCUACGUCUGCGAGUUCUGCCUCAAGUACAUGAAGAGCCAGACCAUUCUGAGACGACACAUGGCUAAGUGUGUGUGGAAGCAUCCGCCCGGCGAUGAGGUCUACAGGAAGGGAGCCAUCUCUGUCUUUGAGGUGGACGGCAAGAAGAACAAGAUCUACUGCCAGAACCUGUGUCUACUCGCCAAGCUCUUCCUGGAUCACAAGACGCUGUACUACGAUGUGGAACCCUUUCUGUUCUACGUUAUGACUGAGGCAGACAACACAGGCUGCCAUCUUGUGGGAUACUUCUCUAAGGAGAAGAACUCUUUCCUCAACUACAACGUGUCCUGCAUCCUGACAAUGCCCCAGUACAUGAGGCAAGGCUUUGGGAAGAUGCUGAUUGACUUCAGCUACCUGCUGUCCAAGGUGGAGGAGAAGGUGGGCUCCCCAGAGCGGCCCCUCUCGGACCUGGGCCUCAUCAGCUACCGUAGCUACUGGAAAGAGGUGCUGCUGCGUUACAUGUACAACUUCCAGGGCAAAGAGAUCUCCAUCAAAGAGAUCAGCCAGGAGACCGCGGUGAACCCAGUGGACAUUGUCAGCACCCUGCAGUCCCUGCAGAUGCUUAAGUACUGGAAGGGAAAGCACCUCGUCUUGAAGAGACAGGACCUGAUCGAUGAGUGGAAAGCUAAGGAGACCAAAAGAGGCAGCAACAACAAAACCAUCGACCCCAGCUCACUUAAAUGGACCCCGCCCAAAGGGACAUAGGCUAUAGGCUCACCAGUGAGCCACUUAAUAAACUUGACUUUCUUCUACCACACCUGCCGGGAUAGGAGUCCUAUCAAUACCACAGUGAUCUUUCUUCUAUCACACCUGCCGGGAUAGGAGUCCUUUCAAUAUCACAGUGAUCUUUCUUCUAUCACACCUGCCGGGAUAGGAGUCCUUUCAAUAUCACAGUGAUCUUUCUUCUACCACACCUGCCGGGAUAGGAGUCCCAUCAAUACCACAGUGAUCUUCUAUCCCUAAACCCACCCUGUAGCUGUCCCUUACUUGUUGUUUUGUGUCUGGAGGAACUCUCUUCCCUUUUUACAUUUCGACUUGUAUUUAUAUUUUAGUAAUAUGUCAGUCACCAUGUAACCAUUCAAUCAAUUCUUGGCUGAAAUAUUGUUAAACAAUGAAGGUUACAGAAUUUGAGUUGAUGACUUGUUUUAAAAGAUCCACUUAAAGAUGUGCUAUGAAUGUAGGUACAUCUCGUCUGAGCUCUGACACUAGUGGAUCACAUGAGUGUUUUUGCUUCUUUGUCCACAAAAAAUAUAUAUAACUGACCGGCUGCAGCAUUCCUGGCUAUUUUAUUUCAUUCAACACAGUUGCGGUUGUUUGCAGAGACAAGUACAUUUUUUGGGGGAUGGAAUAUUCAAUAAUCAUCAGCAUGAACUUUGAUACCUUAGAUAUAGCAUUUUGUUUCUUACAAGUAUGAGAUACAGUUUCGUUUUGUAUGGUAGUCCUUUUUGAGUCUAUAUCAAAAUUGUAUAGGUCAUGAAAACAAAUCUUUUUUUUUUCUAGCUUUAGUAAUAUUGGAGUUGGUCCCAUUCCUCUUGUGAAUCUGCCAAAUGAAGAAAUAAAAAAUAUUACAUACAA